UGCUGGGCAGAUCCUUUAGCGCAAAGCUACUGUACAUAAGAAUAAGGAUAUUUCUUCUUAUUCCUCACUGUACUGAAGUUAAUAGCCACAAACCACAUGACCAUUGCUCAGAGGGAUCCAAACAGUUCUCUACCUUUGAACGUCACCCUUCCAUGUGAAAGCCUACAAUCUACCACAUCUCAUUGUCCUUGGAUAAUCCUUACCCUAAUACAAAGAAAAUGUGACACUUGGAAUUUAUCUUUUUUCCCAUCACGUGGUGAAAUGGACUGAGGAGGUGUUGAUUCCAAAGCAUCAUUCCUGAAAAAUCAGAAUCACAUUGUACUUUCAAGAGAACAAUACAUAAAUGCUGCCAAGGAAGUAAAAGUUUCAAAAGUCCCUCUGAAAGAAAAGAGAAGCCACUGGAAUGCCCCCAUCAGAAGAAGAUGAGGAAAAACAUGAGAAACUUCAAACAUAAGAUAUUUGAAGACAGUAAAAUAUUCAUAGAAGGGAAUGACCAAGAAUGUGAAAAAGAUGAUAGUCAGUACUGUAACCCUGCAACAAAUGAGAGUGUUCAGGCAGAAGAGAGACAGUAUGUGUGCACUGAGUGUGGGAAAACCUUUAGUCAGAGUGCCACCCUCACUGUGCAUGAGCAAAUCCACACAGGAGAGAAGCCCUAUAAGUGUAAGGAGUGUGGGAAGGCCUUCAGUCAUAGCUCCAACCUUGUGGUUCAUGGGAGAAUCCACACUGGACUGAAGCCCUAUACAUGUAGCGAGUGUGGGAAAUCUUUCAGUUACAAGUCACAUCUCAUUCGGCACCAGGGAAUCCACAGUGGAGAGAAAAUGUACAGAUGUAAAGAAUGUGGGAAAACCUUUAGUCAGAGUUCAGGACUUAUUUCUCAUCACAGAGUUCAUACUGGGGAGAAGCCUUACACUUGUAUUGAGUGUGGGAAAACAUUUAGCCGGAGUUCAAACCUUACUCAACAUCAGAGAAUGCACAAAGGAAAGUGUAAAUAGUGUGGGAAAACAUGUAGUUCUAAUACAAAGAUUAUGGACCAUCAGAGGAUUCACACUGGGGAGAAGCCCUAUGAAUGUGAUGAUAGAAAAGCUUUCAUUUUAAGGAAGAAUCUUAGUGAACACCAGGGACUUCAUUUUUACAAAUGUAAUGAGUGUGGAAAAGCAUUUACUUCUAACUGAAAAAUUAUUGGUCACCCGAGAAUUCACACUGGAGAGAAACCUUAUAAAUGUAAUGAACGUGGGAAAACCUUUAGGCAGACUUCUCAAGUUAUUCUACAUUUGAGAACCCAUACUAUAGAGAAACCCUAUAAAUAUAGUAAGUAUGGGAAAGCCUAUUGUUAUAGCUCACAGUUUAUUCAACAUCAGAAAAAACAUAAGAGAGAGAAACUUCAUAAAUAACAUUGAUGGAGGACUGGGCAUGGUGGCACAAGCUUUAAUCCCAGCACUUGGGAGGCAGAGGUAGGUAGAUUUCUGGGUUCCAGCCUAGCUUGGA